AUGAAAGUAUUGAUAAUAGUAAUUUUGAUAAUUGUAGUUAGUAGUAUUGAUGUAUGUGUGCAAUAGACAACAUACGAUGGAUGUAUAAAUUUGACAGAUUAGUAAUGCGAAUGGAAGGGGUAGUAUUGUUAGAAAUCAAACAAUUAUUUGAUGGGAUGUGAUCCUAAUUUGAGUUAGAGACUUUGUGUGAAGUAAUUUGGGAAUAUGGAUGGAACAACAUCUGAAUGCAUAUUCGAUACGUUUUGCCACACUAUUUAUGAUAAGCACCUAACGAGAUGCAGCAGCAAAUUAUCAAAAUCAGGUUGCUUAGCAAUUACUAAUCCUGAUGAACUUUGUAAAUGGGAGAAUGGUCAAUGCUAGAACUUGAGUGUUGGGGAGAUCAACAAUAUUAAUCAGAUAUUUUAGGAUUUGGAAUUGAGUGCUUCAGUAUGCAGUCGAAUUUCAGGAUAUUUAAUUAUCCACAGUACUCUCCUUUGGGAUUUGUUGUCAUAUAAGCCUGAUCUCUUUACAGAAGCACAGAACUUGGUCAAAGUGGAGGCUGGGAUAACAGUGGACACGACUAAAACAUACGAUGAUGACAAGUUGGGAGACAAUUAUGUCGACAACAACGGGGAUUACAAAUGGUAUACAUUGCCAACCUAAUUGAGCAUUGCAAAUCGUAUAAGAUAUUGAUAAUAUUAGUGAAAAUAAAUGAUUAUUCAAGAUACGGGUGUAUAGCCUAGGAGAUUUUAAACGAGAGUAGAUUCCUUACUCUAAUAAGUCUGAGCGGUAUAAUCAGAGGAGUCAAUCACAUUUAUUGUAAUUACUUAAGCAAACACCCUACGAAUCCGGUGAAGACAGCGUUUACGAAUUACGAAUGUUAGCCAAUAACAGAGAGUCAAUUACAAGAUUAAUAAUACAUAGAUCAGAACUAAAUAGUAUGUCCGAGUAUGAGUGGUUUGGUAUGUUAAAGGUAUUUGAACAUGAAACAGAAAUGCCAGAUCAAUUAUUCUAAAGAAUACGAAUGUUUCAACAUAGCAGCCAUUUAAGUGUAAUAGUAGUGCGAUACGAAGACAGGUUUGGCAACGCAUUUUGAUUGUGCUUAGGUGAAAGGGACUGCUUGCUAUUUGGAUUAUUCAACCUCAAAGGCGGAAUGUAGUUAGGCUUGUGUCUAAUAUAAGUCAUAAGUGAACUGCCAAAAUGAUACGCGAUGUGUUUGGUUGGGGAGCAAUCUCUUUGACAUCACAGAGUCAUCAGAUUCUGUAUUCAUAGUUUGUGCUCCUACAAGUAAAUGUGACUAGUUGGGUUUAAAUUAGGAUUAUUGUCAAUAAAUGGCUACACCUUGUUAUUGGGAUGCCAAUAUGGGAAAGUGUAAGACAAUCACAACAAUCGAGUAAAUGAAAUGUGAAAAUUGCAAUACAAUAUUUUGUUGUACUUCCAUUCUAAUGUUUGAUCAAUUCUGCAUCUGGUAUUAAAAUAGUUGUUUGAAUGUUAAAGAUCAAAAGUUAUAUUCGCAUUAUUUGUCAUUUCCAGAAACCACUCUCAUGAACUAUAAUUUGUGUAUUUCACAAUCAGGAAAGCACUUCUAUUACAACAUAGCUAAAUAAACAUGUGAAAGUUCAAAGGUUAAUUUAUAUUCACCUUGUGUUGAUUUUGAGGACAAGAAUUAUGAUGUGGAUGAUUUUGAAUGCAAUAAUGGAGUGAAUAACAGAAUCAAUAAAGAAUAUUGUCUGAAUCUAAUUAACUCCAACACCAGAUGGGAUUACUUCAAAUCGAAAUGUUUGCAUGUGACCAAUAUUAGCAAAUCUUGUGAUCUUAUGAAGUUGGUCAAUCCAAACCUAUGUAAAGGAGCUCUAGUUGCAGCUAACAAAUAAUGUCUCUAUGAUUCCUAGAGUUCUAGUUGCUACUCCAAGGACGCUUCUGUUUUACAUUGCGAUACCAAGGGCAUCAAUUAAGACUAAUGUUUGAGUAUAACAAACGAAUAUUGUGCAUGGGUCGACAAUUAAUGUGGGUAUUUGCAACCAUCCAAAAUUAAUUACUAUAAUUGCUACGAAUUGCAAAAUGUCAGUCCAAGUGUCUGCAGAUUGUCUGUUAAUUAAUCCCUUCAAUGUAAGUAUGACUCAGACUCCCAGAGCUGUUUUGUUGUCUAUCUUAACAUCACUGAUUGUGAUCAAUAUGCCAAUAGGUAUGCUUGUAGAAUGUCCUCAUCUCUGUGCUAUUUCAACAAUGUGAGCAAUCAAUGCUAAGAUUCAACUCCUUUCUUGGAUCGAAUGAAUUGCAAUACUGAAUUCAUAAGUCAAUCAACAUGUUUAGGAAUCACAAAGCCUGGACAAUAUUGUUUUUGGGGAUCAAUCAAUAGUGAUGCAACUGUCAAAUGCAGGAAUCAUGAAUAAGGCUUUUACUCCAAUUGUAAUUCCUUUGAGGGCUCUUCUAAUGUAAACAUUUGUGUUAACCUAACCACCAACAUAGCACUCAAUCUGUCUGAUCAAUAAUAUUGUGAAGUUGUCAAUUCAGUAUGCACAAGUCUGGUAACUGAUAUUACUGAUGCUGAUUGUGGAUACACAAGGCAAAUGAAUGUCUAUCGUUGUAUGGGAUACACCACUCAAUAGUGUUAUUUCUAGUACCAAAAAUGUACAACUUUAAAUGGACCUCAAGAAUACAAAGACCUACUCUUAAAUUAGCUCUUAUGUUAAAAUAGCAAUAUGCAUAUUUGUAAUAAAAUAACGACACCAGGUUAGGUAUGUUAUAAAUAAAAUACACAUAAAUGCAUUUCAAUGUAUCUAUCCUUUGGGGAUACUUGUACCAAUUUGGGUGCAUAUGAUAUGAGUAUAUACAACCCGUAAUUGUGUAUACGCAGUACAGAUGCAUGUUAUUUUAAUAAGUAAGCUAACAAAUGUAAGGCUCCAUAAGCAAAUGAAGUUUUUGAUUGCGAUUAAAUUGGAGCAUCACAAAUAUUGUGUUUAUUGCACACCAGAGGACCUUGUGUAUUUAUAAACAAUAUGUGUUCUAAAUUAACUGAUUUAUCUAUUUCUUGCGAUUAUAGAAAUAAGAUGGGUUGUACCUACGGAGCAUUGAAUUGUAUAUGGGAUCAAAACAACAAUUAGUGUAAAUUAUCAACAGAAUUAUGUCCAUAAGCUUAUGACAAUGUAAAGUCAUGGAGAAUUUGUGGAAUAAGUAGUGGUGUUUGUUUUGCAGGUCGUCAAGGUUGUUCAAGUGACUAAGCAACAGUACCUUGUUGGUUAUCCUUGAGAUAUGAUUUGUGUAUGUCCCAACCCGGUUAUUGUUAAUGGGUAGAUGAUAGAUGCACAGAUAAAGAAUAUGAUUGUGAGGAUUCCAAGACAGUUCAGGAAUGCAUUUACCAUAAAUCUAAGGCUUGUGUUUACGAUAAUGGUAAAUGCUUUGAAAUUAAUAAUUUCUAAGUUCAUGAUUGCAAUGAUUUUUAAUACACUACAUUAAAUUUCUGUUGGAAUUAUUAUCCACUAUGUGUUUACAAGGAUGACACUUGUCAAAUGAUUAAUUACAAUGCCAAAAGCGAUAUGAAAGAUGAAGAUUUCUCCCAAUAUCAAUGUUCUAGUUUAACGCAAACCCAAUAUGGAUGUGCGUUGUAAAGAGCCAUGCCAUGUCAAUUCAAAGAUCAAAUCUGGUAUCAAACGUGUUCAGAAGUUCAAUCUUGGGAAUUGGACACUUGCGAUUUCUUCGAUUAAGUUCAAGUUAGGUCGUUCUUGGCUUGUGAGAGUAUUUAGAAUUGUGGAUUCAAAAUGACAGCCAAAGGGGAAAUGUUCUGUCACACAAUUCCAUUAUAAUGUGAAACACUAACUCCAUUUUGCGUUAAGGAUAUUCCAGGUAUCAAAUGUUAUCUUGAUAAUGAUAUUUGCUUAACAUACACGGGAGAUUUGACAUGUUCAGCAGUAGCUUCGUAUUAAGUCAAUCGUCAAUUGUGUUUAUCUAUUAUGCAAAAUGAAUUAAACACUGAGGAAUGUUAUUAUCAAGAAUCCACUAAUAAAUGUAAGUUAAGGAACACAAUUGAGAUCACAGGUUGUACCUAAUAUACUGGGUUAUAUCAGUGUACAUUUGUGGAGGAGAGUUGUUUGAUUGUUUUAGAUUCAAGUGGGAUAUUCUAGUCAUGUAAUGAAUCACAAAAUGACACCUAUGAUAUCAAUUUGAAUUAUUUCGGUUGCAUAUCCUUAACAGGUGAUUUAUAUUACUUUGAUUUGAAUUCGCAAACUUGUUUGAUCUAUCACGAAUCCAAAUAUAACAGCAUUUACAUUUGUCAUCAAUUAAAUCAAAAGUCUUGUCUUGAAAUUAUCAAUGACUUAAAAUGUGUGUGGGUGAAUGAAAAAUGUUAGGAAUACAAGUAAUCUUAUGAAAUAGUAGAUUGUGAAUUUAAGAAUAGGUUGGCUUGUCUAAAUUCAAUUAAAUCCUCUUGUAUUUGGAUAGGUGACAAUUCAGAAUGUGAUAUUAGUGAUAAUGUUGGGGAUCAAUGUACCGAUGGAACCUAUUCAAAAUGUGAAUAUAGUGAAAAUUAUUGCAAAUCUUAAUCUAAGUUAUGGAAUGGUGUGACAUGUUUUGAGUAUUCAACCGAUUUACCCUUUUCACUCUUAAGAUGCAACAACUUAGGGUUAUCAAGGAGUCUCUGUCUUGAAAACACAGCAGAAUUAACGUGUUUUUGGGAUGGUUUAACCUGUUAAGAGGCCAAUUUAAAAACAAUCAAUUGCACAGACGAUGUCUCAUAUUACACAUGCGAAUAAAUAUUAACAUAUCAGUAGAUUUGUAUAUGGGAUAGUGGUACUUGUGUAAAUAAGUUCAACUCUUAAGAUUGUAGUGAUUACAUUACUUUGAAUUAUUGUAAAUAGGCCUUGGUGCCAUGUUCAUUCAAUUUGGGUACCAAUAAGUGUGAUUCAUUAACUGAGGUGGACUAAUCUUGUUCAGAUACAUUGAGUUAUUCGGCAUGUCAGAAGGUAAUCAAUUAGUACUGUUCUUGGAUUAACAAUACAUGUCAGAAAUGGUAUAGAAGUAAAUACUCUUGUGAGAACUUGGUGAAUGAAUGGGGUUGUUUAAACACAUCCAUGUUUUGUAAAUGGAAUGGCAGAUGCGAGAACAUAGGCAAAGACUUUCAACCAGUCUCUUGCCAAGAUAUUCCAACUGGAGUAAGAAAUCAUUAUAUCCUUCUUAGUUUAACAAAGUCUCUUGUUCCAAAUAUUCAAUGCAGCCUUGUAAAUAUGACGAUAUCACUUAAAAGUGCAAUGUCAAAUUAACCAGUGAAUAUACCAACUCUAUGGAGACUGAUUAGAGUAACUUUGUUUAAAUAAGAUUAAUCAAGGAAUGUAACUUCUUUUCACUAAAAGAGGAUUGCAUUGGCAGUCGAAUUGGCUAUUGUUCAUGGUAAAAUAACUUGUGCAUUGAUUGUUCAACAAGUAGUCAAUGUAAUACUAAUGCUUGCAUUGAUAAUAGCAUUAAAUAAUGCUUAGCAAUUUCUAAUGUAUCAUGUGCAUGGAGAAAUGACUAAUGUGUUGAUUGGUAAUCAGAUUAGAAUGUUAGCUAAACUUAAUUAUCCUUAGUCACAGAGAUUUGUUGUACAACUUUGAAUAUGGCUAUUAAAUAUGACCAAUAACUCUCAUCUUGUGUACCUUUGGAUCUUUCAUUAGACAAUUGUAACUCCAGAGGGUUAUCAAAAUAUGUAUGCAUGAUAAUGAUUUCAUUAGGCCUGUCUUAAAUUAACCAGUGCUGCCUGCAUCUACUAAAAUAAUCGAUGCUCUGUUUAUGAACUAUUGAUCAAAUCUAAUUGUUCUGAUUAUAAAGAUGUAACUCAAUCAGUAUGUCAAUUGAUACCUCAUCUAAGUUGUAAGUACGAUUCCAAAACCAAUGCUUGCAAAGACAUCAACGCCAGCUCAGACACUUGUGCUACUAUUGGGUUGUCGUUGAUUGGCUGUACAAAUAUUAAAACAGAAGCAUGUUAUUGGAAUAGUACUUCAAAGAGCUGUCAAAGCUUUGUGGUUUAGAAAGGUAUUAAUCAAUGUGACAAUUCCACAUAAGUGAAUAGUCUAAGUUGCUCAUAAUUAAAUUAUCAUAAUAAUGUCUGCUCUUAUAAUGUCGAAAAUAGAACCUGUUAAGAGAGGGUCAACAAAUAUUUUAAUUGUUCAUAUCCUGGAUUGAAUAAAAUGGCAUGUGUUUCUCUGGUUUUAGAGUCAUGUCAAUAUGUGGAUAACAAAUGUCAAAGAGUAACUAAUCUUAAGAAAAGUUGUUUGGAAUUAUCAGAUGUUAACGAAAUGGCUUGUAAGAUGAACACCUUAGAUAGUUGUGCCUAUGAUCCAAUUUCUAAUAAUUGUUAUUUUACAUUGUAAUCAUUGCCUUGUAGUUAUUAUGGCUUAAAUUACAAUAAUUGCAUCCAUUAAACAAAUUGCAAAUGGUCCUAUGAUGUCACUUAAUGCAUUUGUUCUGCUCAACAGCCUAAAACACAAUGUCAAUUGAGUGAAACCAAUUGCAAGUCCAACUCAAAUUGUGUUUAUGAUUACGAUAUCUACACUUGUAGACUAAAGAAUUGUAAUGAUCUGACCGAUUGUUCUGGAUCUAUUAAUGGUAAGAUGUGUUAUAAGGAUGCUUAAUCAUAAUGUUUAAAUGCUUCAACUUGUGAAGACAUAGUUAACUUAAAUAAUCAAUAGAAUUGCAAUGAUUUUGUAUUUAAUUCAUCUAACUGUAUCUAAAUUCUGAAUCAUUGUAUAAGUGCAUCAAACCUAAAGGAACUAUGUCCCAAUAGUGAUUGUUCAAAUACUGCUUGCAAAUACGACAAUUUUCAAUGUCGUCCUUUAGAAUGUGUAGAUAGAAAUGAAGAAGAUUGCUUCAAUUUCUCUAAUUGCAUAUAUUUGGAUGGUAAAUGUCAAGAGAUCUCAGCUUGUUCAACAAUAACUGAUUCUUCCACUUGUGUUUAGACUACCAUAAACUAAUUCAAAUGCUCACAGGAAAUGUACGGAGUCUAUGAGAACACCUAUCAUUGCACAAAUACCUAUUGUCAUUUAUACAAUGCAUCCCCAACUUUGUGUAAUGGUAAUGAAAUAAAUAAUUAUUCCUGCAUCAUGGAUUAAUUUUUAUAAUGCAGAGUUUGUGAAUCAAUUAAAGAUGAAUGUACUUGUCGAAAUAGCAAUGGAGCUUGCUAUUAUUCAAAUGGAAAAUGUAAUUCAAUAUUAUGUGAAUAAUUCUUAACAGAAACUACAUGCACCGAGAGUAAUAAAUGUUAUUGGAGCUCAUAGGAUAAGGCUUGUAGGAAAUUUUGUAAACAGCUCAUUUUGUAAUAAGAUUGUGAAGCAUUAGAUUAUGAAUGUCAUUGGAAUUCGUAUCAAUAUAAAUGCGAAUAAGGUGUUGCUGUAGUACCUGAUUUGAGUGUGAAAAUUAAUGUUCAAGAUAUUCAAGGAGAGUUAAUUUCUUACCUUAUGUUGAUAUUGAUAUUAAUAAUUUGA